AUGUCUGCCGAGAACGAGAAGGAGAUCCCCGUUGCCUACGAGCAGCUCGAGGAGCUCGAGGAUGACUUUGAGGACGUUGAGCUCGAGAUGCGUGAGUGCAUGCCCAUGGAACGCAGCCGGACGGUCGCAAGACCGUAUCCGAGACUGGGGAAGGAGAAGAAUGACGACGAGACUGACAGUGACGUGUGCAAGGUAGUCCGCCAGCAGUACAACCUCAGCAAGGACCUUUACGUCAAGCGUGAAAAGGUCGUCUCUCAGAUCCCCGGCUUCUGGCCCCUGGUGGUUGAGCAGUGCCCUCCCGAUAUCGACGAGUAUAUCCAGCCCCAGGACGCCAACGUCUUCAUGACGUCCCUCACCGGCCUCAAGGUGGACCGCUUCGAGCUUCCCUCUGGCGACCCGCGCAGCAUCUCGAUCAGGUUCGAGUUUUCCGAGAACGAGUACUUUGAGGACCGCACCCUCGAGAAGAAGUUCCGGUGGCGCUACGCCAAGGACGGCUGGGCCGGCCUCAUCUCGGAGCCCGUCCCCAUCAAGUGGAAGGAAGGCAAGGACCUGACCAACGGCAUGCUCGACCUCGUCUGCAAGGUCUACCAGGAGGACCAGGCCUCGGCCAAGCCCAACGAAGAGACCGAGCUCAAGAAGGAGCUCAAGAAGCAGAUGGACAACACCGGCCUCGACGGCCUCAGCUUCUUCGCCUGGUUCGGCUUCCGCGGCCGCAACAUCUCGGACGACGAGCACAAGGAGGCCCUCAAGAAGGAGGAGGAGAGACGCAAGGCCCGCAAGGAGGGCAAGAAGAUUGACGAGGAAGACAUGGAGGACGAUGACGAUGACGACGAGUACGAGUGGGAGAUCUUCCCCACUGCAGACGACCUCGCCGUCUGCAUCGCCGAGGACCUCUACCCCAGUGCCAUCAAGUACUUCCUGGCUGCUCAAGAGCAGGAUGGUCUCAGCGACCUCGACUUCGAGGACGACGAAGAGGACUCGGACGAGGAGAUGGGUGACAGUGAGGACCAGCCUCCCAAGAAGCGCAAGGCUUGA